CGAUCUAGCGCGCAAUGUUGAGGCGCAACGGCGUAUAUUUAUAAAUGAUUGUUUUGACGUGUUUGUGUAAAAAGAUAAACAACCAACGACCAUUCGCACAUAAAUACCGGCGAGGAGAGACACACGGUGAUGGUUCUUGACGGGUUCGGCUCCGGUAAAAGUCUCAGCUCGGCGGCGGCGCAGGGGAAUGUCGCGGCGGUUCGGCGGAUUCUGCAGGAUCACCGGGUCGAACCGGACAUCCUCAAUGAGUUCGGCAAAACCGCACUGCAGGUCAUGAUGAUGGGCUGCACCAGUGUUGCGUGUGUGUUGCUGGAACACGGUGCUGACCCAAACGUCCAGGACCGCUGUGGAGUGACCCCAGCACACGAUGCAGCACGCACGGGUUUCCUGGACACACUUCGAGCUCUGGUGGAUUAUGGCGCUUCUGUCAAUGUCCCUGACCACAGCGGAGCCUUGCCCAUUCACAUCGCCAUACGUGAAGGUCACUGGGACGUAGUGGAGUACCUGGCCCAUCGGUCAAACCUGGGGCACCAGGACAUCAGAGGAGCCAACGCGCUGGACAUGGCCCGGGCGGCGAGCGCUCCAGAGAUGGUUGAACUUCUAGAGCGUCUGAUGGAAACCAGUUAAGAAUGAAAGAACUUUACGGUUCCAUUCGUUGUGUGGGAGCUCUCAGCACUCAAUCGUAGGUUGUAAAUUAAAUGAAUAUGUUAAAAUAAAUGUUUGAUAGUUGAAAUCAAAAUAUUAGUAGUAAAAUGUAGCAGCAGUUUUGCACAGAGUAAACCACUCUCCGUCGGUCAUGUGGGGUUUUGCCAGGCACAAAUGUAAAUAGCUCUUUUUUUGUUGAUGUUUGUUGGUAUAUUUCAACAUGUCUGUGCAGAAACUUGAACUGUUAACAUUUUUAUUCUCAUGAAAUUAUUCCCUGCCACCCGUGGCACAACAUGCACUGAUGAACUUGUAGAAUUUUGGCUUUGUGUGUAAGUAUGUUUGAAGUGUUUUGUUGUUGAUUAACAUCUGUAAAUAACAUUUUAUGAAUUUAUUUGGCUUAUUUAUUGAAGAUUUGUAUAUUAACAUUAAUGUUUACUGUGAAAUUUCAAAUGUUAUUUAUUAAGGUGUUUUAA